AUGAAUAAGAUUGAAGACGACCCACAUUUCACCGAGUUGAUCCAGCAAGUGAAGACUCCCGUUGAUACAUUCUAUUUGAUGAAAAGCUUGGGAAAGACAAACUUUUUAAUCAAGCACCAAGGCAAAAAGUACAAAGUAACAAUUGGAGAAAAAAACGAAUGUUCCUGUUCUUUGAGAAGGACCUGUAAUUGUAUUCAUAUUCUAUUUGUUUUAAUGAAAAUUUAUGGCAUUGAUGAAGAUGCCGACUUGCUUCGGAAGACAGGAUUUAAUCAGUUUGAACUAAAUAAUAUCCUUUGCGGAAAGAAAUGUUUUUAUGAAAAACGAAAGCAAAAAGAGGCUCAACUCACAAAUAAGCAACCAAAUGACGAACCAGAAAAGAAAGGGCCUAAACCAAUUGAAGAGGGAGACUGUUGUCCUAUUUGUAUAGAGGAUAUCAAGUCAGAAGAGACUGAUAAUUUAGUUUGCUGUCGUUUCUCUUGUGGAAAUUAUAUUCACGCCUCUUGUUUGAAGGAAUAUUUUGCUAAUUGCUAUCAUAAACAGAAACCAUGCCCGUUCUGCCGAAUUGACUGGAAAAAUGAUUUAGACAAUCAACUUUUGGAAAUAACAAACAGAAAGUUGAAGAAGAAACUAUCUGAACAUCAUCCUGUAUUUAAAUGUAGCGAGUGCGAACAAAUGCUAGACCCUAAAAAGAAAAGUUUUAUUUGUCAAUUUUGCUACAAGGUCCAUAGUAGUGUUUGGGCCAUGUGUGGUUCGUGUUAUUUAAGCAAAGAUUCACACGUGCAACAUAAGGGAAAGUUUUUCGCAAUCUCAAUUGGAAACGCUAAGAAAAUAGAUCAUGAAUUGUUAAAAGAGGAGUAUCUAUCAGAACGACAGAAAGAUAUAAUGCCUUUUGCAUAUUAUUGUAAUAGACUUAAAAUGACAGAUGCUCCUUCCCACAACAAGAUGUCCUACUGCACACCGAAAAAGCCUCAUUCAGCUAAAUCGGUCCGCACCAAACCUGAGUCAACGUCACCUCCAACGUUCCCUCAAGAAACAACAACGACAUCACCUUCUCUGGCAGUAGUUGGAAACAAUUUUUCAGACUCACCAAUGACUCCGUCCAUAGUUUCGAAUUGCAAAACUCCUUUGGUGAAGCAAUCCAGCACGUCAAACAUCAAGAAGGGAAUAACUGUCAAACAAAGCUCUUUCCCAGCUCAUAAUGAUUUGACCUCACUAUUGACCAUUGUUCAACCUCAAAUAACCAUUCCCCCAAGUUCUCCUAGAAAGCGAUAA